AUGGGGUUUGUGGACAACAUGAUGCAAGCGAAAUCGACGAAAGUGGUUUCAUCUUCCGGCAGCAGUGCUUCCCGCGGUGGCGGCAGUGGUCAUGACGAUGGUGAUGGUGGUGGUGGUGGUCGGGGUAAGUUUAAGCCGCCGAGGGUUUGGUGUGUUAGGCAUUACCCCCCAAAUUGUGGGCCUUGUAGUCGUUCUAGACCAGAUGGGUCAGCAGCAGUCUCUAGUCUUAGCAAUGGAGAUGAUGACUCCGGUUUUGGACUUUCUGCAACUAAUGUGGAAGCUCUGGAUUUAGAACCAGAUAGUAACUUGGGAGUUUCUAGUUCUAGUGUUAUAAAUCCAGUGCGCUUGGAGAGCUGCACCAGUGUUGUUCCUGAUGAUUGUUGUGGUUUCAUUGGACAUCCUGUGGCUAAGAUCGAAUCCCGUGAUUUAAGAGUGUCUGAAAAUUUGUAUGAGACAGAUAUUCUUGGGGAAAUGGAUACUGUCAAGUCAGAGUUAAAGAGUCCAGCAGUGUCACCUGACUAUACGAAUGGAUGCUUAGCAGAUAUGCCGGAAUCUGUUGGGGCAGGUCUGAAAGCAAUGUCCCAGAACAGAAGCAAUGUUAAGGUUCACGUGAAAUAUUCUAGUGAGAAAGCAACGAAGAGUGGUGAUGAAGUCGAAAUUUGUUCUGGGAAUGUUGCAAGGGUUGAUCAAGAAUGUGGACCUGAUAGAGGCAUUAGGUCACAUUAUCAGAUUGGGGAAAAGUCUAAGGUAGUCCAUAAGUCUGAUAACAAAGGAGAACUGAAGGGGCUCUUGCAGGCAGAAUCUGUUGUUUGUAAGGCAAAGGUUGCUGCCGAAAGACACAGCAAAAAGCUUACUGUCUCUGAGGAGUUUGUUGGUCUCAAUGUUGCAUCAGAAAGGGCGGUGGUGGUAGGUCUUAUGGCCUCGACUGCCAAUUCUUUGAUCAAGACUCAAGCCGGUAUCGAUUGUAUGCAACAAGGUCAAGAUUUGUUAGCAGUAAGCAUUGUAGCAUCAGGUGGAUAUGAGGAUAACUUAGAUAGCUCAGAUAUAUUAGAUUACACAGGUCAUGGUGGAAAGACUAAAGAUAAGGAAGCUGAAGAUCAGAAGCUUGAAAAAGAUAACGAGGCCGAACGAAAGGCACUAAUGAUUGAGUAUCUGUUUGAUAUCGGUGGGCAUAGUGAUGAAGAAGAUGCGCAGGACUCUAACUUCACAAUUGAUGCUGCAGAGUUUGGUAAUGUGGGGAGGUUCAUCAACCAUAGUUGCUCCCCUAAUCUUUAUGCCCAGAAUGUGCUCUAUGAUCAUGGGAAUCGGAAGAUUCCUCAUAUAAUGUUCUUUGCUGCUGAGAACAUUCCCUCCUUUGAGAGAGUUGACUUACCACUACAAACUAUCAGAUAG